AUGUAUGGUAAUACUCAUAUAAGGAAGUAUGAGUUCACUCCUGAUAUUUUUAUCCUUCCGUCAAACAAUUUUCGCAACCGGAUGAAGUUUCUUAACGAAAGCAAAUUUCUCAUUUCAUUUGAAAUGGAAGAAAAAACGCAAGAGAUCUAUGAUUUAUCGCUAAUGGUGAAAGAAAAAGACAUUGAAUACCAGGGUCGACGGAUGCUUAUUCUUCGUCGUUUGCUUUCAAGCUUUCCCUUCAAAAAAUCACUUCUAUUUUGUGAAUGUUGUCAUGACAUUCCUCCUCUUUAUAGAGCUUAUCUAUGGAGUGCACUGCUGAAUGUAUACUGGGACGUUGAGAAACGUUUCAUAGCUAUUGAUACGUUUUCUCCCCAUUCUUCUGAUCGCCAGUUACUGGUCGAUAUUCCUCGGUGUCACCAGUAUGAUGACUUGAUGGCAUCAUCUAUUGCGCAUCGCAAGCUGAAACGUCUUUUGAAGACAUGGCUUCUUUUACAUGAAAAUUAUGUUUAUUGGCAAGGUUUGGAUUCUCUAGCGGCACCAUUUCUUGUUCUCAACUUCAAUUGUUUGGCUAGUGCAUAUUCCUGUCUGGAAUCGUUCAUCAGCCUAUAUUUGCAUGACUUUUUUCUGCGAGAUAACUCAUCUGUCGUACAAGAAUAUCUGGCAGUUUUUUUUCAUCUUUUGGCAUUCAUGGAUGCUGCUUUAUAUACACAUCUUUCCGCAAUGGAUUUCCGUCCUGAGUUAUUUGCUAUUCCAUGGUUCCUCACCUGUUUCGCCCAUAUAUUACCUUUGCACAAGUUGUUCUAUGUUUGGGACGUUUUAUUAUUAUCGGAUUCGUCUUUCCCAUUAUUUGUUGGACUUGCAAUAAUGGAGCAGUUACGAGCUGGACUUAUUACCAAACAUUUUAAUGAUGCAAUUUUACUUUUUUCAGAUCUUCCAGAUCUAAAUAUGGAACGUUUGGUGCAAUAUUCACUGAAUUACUACAAUGCUGUACCAGCAUCAUGCACCUUCAGACAAUUUGCAUCUAAGCAUGUACGAGAAGAGUAUGCAAUGACGCAUUAUACUGUAGCUGAGCUGAACGAAUUUUGUUGUCCACGGAUAUCAAUUACCGAUCUCAUUCGUCUCACUGAACAUUCCUCACUACUUGUUGUCGAUGUUCGUCCGCAAUAUGAGUAUUCUCGUGGUGCCAUUGUGGGCAGUGUGAAUUUGCCUCCCUAUGGUGAGGAGGAUACGUUGGAUACCAUUAAAACAGCGUUAAUAAAUGCUCAGUCGGCAGAACAUGUCGUCGUUAUCGUUGAUAAUGAACAUUUACAGAGAGCUAAAAAGAUAUCAAAGUUAUGCGUGCUGGAAGGAUACAAUCGUGUGUGUGUUUUGGAUGGUGGUGUCCAGAAAGUCCGCUCCAUGCACGAUAUCUUUUGCAUGCCUGCUUGA